AUGGGAGUUGGGAUGAAGCGUGCGAGGGAGGAGGAGACGACCGUGUCGCUAGCGUUGUCGCUUACCACGGACUCCACGUCCUCCACGACCUCGGCGGACUCACCCGGUGGCUCAACGGCGGCAACGCAGACGAAGAGACCACGCCGUGGAAGAGUGGUUGCGACGUCGGGGGAAGGGGAUUUCGUGUGCAAGACGUGCGGCCGCGCGUUCGUGACCUUCCGGGCUCUCGGCGGGCACCGGACCAGCCACCUCCGCGGCCGCCACGGGCUGGAGCUCGGCGUCGGCGUCGCAAAAGCUAUCAAGGAGAAGAAGCGGACCGAGGAAAAGCAGCAGCACGAGUGCCAUAUCUGCGGGCUCGGUUUCGAGACGGGCCAGGCCCUCGGUGGACACAUGAGGCGGCACCGCAACGAGAUGGCGCUCAGCGCCGGUGCCGACAACCAGUGGAUCAUCUUGCAGCCGGAUCAGGAAGAGGUGGUGGGGCACGCUGCCCACCGGCCGCCAGUCUUGCUCGAGCUGUUCGUCUAGCUGGAUCUGCUCUCUGCUGACUGUUUCUAAUUAGAGAACCUGUAAAUGAUUUUAGAAUGGGAUAUGUUCAUUUUUUGGUCUUGCCGAGUAUCGUUU